AUGAAUUUAAACUCAUCCAUGAAUGAAACAGUUUCAGAAGAAGAAGAUAUAGAAGAGAUAGAAUUUGAGUUUCCAUCAAAUGAUAAAGGAGAGAAAAUUAAUAGUGAGGAAGAAUUGCUUAAUAAAGCAGAAAGAGAGAAUAUAUAAGAAGAUUAUAUUGAAAGCGAUGCUGAGAGAAAAACCGAUGUCAUUAAAACUGAAGAAUUUGAAUAUUAUUAUGAGUACAUUUAUGAAGAAACAAACACUAAAAAUAUUGCAGAAGAAAUCCUUUUAACAUAAGAGGACUCUUAACUUGAUUUUAUGGAAUAAACAGUACAUACAGAUUAAAAUCAAUAAGAAAAAUAGUUACCUCAUAAUGAAAGUGUAUUAAAUAUAUCAGAUUUCAAUAUAAAAUAGGAUUCAUAAUAGAGCGCUGAAGAUCAAAACUUAAACUCUUAAGAUUCGGGUUAAUAAAACGAGAAGUUAAAUUAAACUAUGACAUAUAGUGUUGAAGAAACUGAGGAAAUAGAUAAUUCAUAAAAGUAAGAUGAAGAAUAUUAGAAAAUGGUGGAAGAAGAAGAAGAAAAUCAUUAUAUUAUUGUAGAAGAAGAAGAAAUCAACAUACACCAAGAGAAUUAAGAAUAAUCUUAAACUAUAUAGAAUGAUGUUAUUAAUAGCGAUGAUGAAUAAAUUAUUGCAGACCCAAGAGCACCUGAAUUCAAUAGAAUGAAUUAAACUAUCAAUUAAGAAUAAUAAUAGUCAUAAAAAAUUUACAAUAAUUAAUCAAAAACUUCUUAAUAAUUCUCAAAUUAAAUAUUUAGUCUAUAUUUUGAUUUAGUUUGUUAUAAGGAUCACAAAACUAUUGAAUAGGAAGAUAUGAUUCCGUCAUCUAUAAACAUACCAGAAACAUCUAUCCCCACCUAAAACAUCAAUCCAAUAUUAUUGGUUCAUACUAUAAUAUUGACUUUAAUGCUUAUUUUAGUUUCUAUAAAUGACAAACAAAAUAUAAAAAUAAAAAAAGAACCAAUUCAAGUUACAAGUAUGUCAGAGUUGUCUGAAUUGAAUGAAUAUAUGGCCAUGAUGAUUAAUGGAUUAGAAUAACAAUAUAAUUUGAUAUCAAAAAGUUAAGAGCAAUUAGCAUAUUAAUUAGAACUUUUAGAGUAAUGA